GAUUAGGUUGCUUUAACGUGUGGUCAUCACAAUCCUCACUCUCCUAGAUCUCCCCAAUUCCUUCUCUCUCUAACUCAUUAGAUUUAGAUAUUUAUUGACUACAUUGUUUGUUUUGAUCCUCAACCUUUCUCUAAAAAUAUAUAUAUUUGUGAAAAUAAAAAGGAGAAUAAUGAAAGAACAGUAAAACCCAAAUGUACAAAAGUAGCUGCACUCCCAACAAAACUGGAACCAUUUCGAUAAAGUUUUGAGCUUUGAAUUCUGUCUUCAAUGGCUGCUGCUGUUACAAGGCUUCACAUAUGGCCACUUGGGUUACACUUAGACCGGUUCAAUUCCAAAGCUCAUUUCCGAACCGGCCCGACCAUCAUACUUGGAGUUGGACCCGGUUUAGGUGGGUCAUUGCGCACUGGCUGUGAUGGGUUUCGCUUGAAAAAGUGCAGGGCUUAUAGGAGUGAAAGUAGCGAUGGAGGGGACGUGAAAGAGAAAGAGAGAGAAAGUGCGAGAAACGGUGGGAAAGUGAAGGAAAGUGUGAAAUUGAACAAGGGAAAUGGGUUUUGGAGUUGCUUGAAGUACGCGGUCACUGCCGGUUUUGGCUCUGGUUCAAGAAAUGAUGACGAGUAUACCAAAGCUGUGGCCAAGUUGGAGGAAGUCUUUUCCUCGAUUGCCGUCCAAAUUGGAAGAUAUAUUGUGACCAUGAUGAGUACUGGAGUUAUAUUAGGCGUUGGAUUUCAGUUAUCAGGCGGUGACAGCCAAAUGAACACCUUAAUCUGGUAUAGCUGGCUUGGAGGGAUUAUCAUUGGGACUAUGAUAGGAGCUAACAUGGUUUUAGAGGAACACUGUCGUGCUGGUCCACGUAAUGUUGUCAUAACCGGAAGUACACGGGGACUUGGGAAGGCUCUUGCUCGUGAAUUUCUUCUUUCUGGAGAUAGAGUGGUUAUUGCUUCUCGCAGCCCCGAGUCUGUAGACGCAACUGUGAGAGAGCUUGAGGAAAACUUGAGGGAAGGUCUACUCUCUGCAGGUGGCUCAUCCAGGACAGACCUGAGACAUGCAAAAGUCGUCGGAAUAGCAUGCGAUGUUUGUAAUCCUGAUGAUGUACAGAAAUUGGGCAAUUUUGCUGCCAAAGAACUUGGUUGCAUUGAUAUUUGGAUUAAUAAUGCUGGCACAAACAAAGGAUUUAGACCCUUGCUGCAGUUCACUGAUGAAGACAUUAAACAGAUUGUCUCAACAAACCUGGUUGGUUCCCUUCUUUGCACUCGAGAAGCCAUGGGUUUAAUGGAAAACCAAGUGAAGGGAGGGCACAUAUUUAACAUGGAUGGGGCAGGUUCUGGGGGAUCAAGUACCCCUUUGACUGCUGUCUAUGGAUCGACAAAAUGUGGCCUAAGGCAGCUUCAAGCAUCACUCCUUAAGGAGUCAAAGCGAUCCAAAGUAGGAGUCCACACAGCAUCUCCAGGAAUGGUUCUUACAGAUUUACUUCUGAGUGGUUCCACCAUACAAAAUAAGCAAAUGUUCAACAUCAUAUGUGAGCUGCCCGAAACUGUCGCUAGAACUUUAGUUCCACGGAUGCGGGUUGUAAAGGGAAGUGGGAAGGCCAUAAACUACCUGACCCCACCUAGAAUCUUACUUGCUUUGGUUACCAUAUGGCUGCGACAAGGGCGCUGGUUUGAUGAACAGGGAAGAGCAUUGUAUGCUGCAGAGGCAGACAGAAUUCGUAACUGGGCUGAAAACCGCACUCGAUUUUCUUUCACUGAUGCAAUGGAGAUGUACACCGAGGGCACUUGGUUGUCUGUGUUCUCACUCUCUGUCGUCUGUGCCUUCAUAAUUCUUUCCAGCACAAACAGUAGCUUCCCUGGCACUUGAGUUUUGGCUAAUUACUCAGAAGCAGAAAACAGUAGGAACAUAUUAGGAAGAUGGCUUUUCUCAAAGGAGCAGCUUUGGUUGAUGGGAUGACUUCAAAGUAACAGAAGACCCUCAAAAAAAUGCAGUUUUUUUUCCUGCAUCCUUAAGCACCAGUAAUAUGUUUGACUAUGCCCAUUUGUAGUUGUAGCUUUUAAGGGUUAUUUAUACCAAAGAAAUGAAGAAAAUAUCAAAGGAAGCAGUAUUGUUAAUGUUGUCAAUGAAAGAUGUUUCAUAGAGAUGCUUGUAACAUGUAAAUUGGUAAUUGAUUUGUCAUGAAAAUUCAAUUUCAUUUAUUAUUA